AUGGAGAGCCAAUGGAGAUUAUCUAGACAGAUGGGAAAGCAGCUCGGGGCAUCUCCGAUAGCAAUUCCGACUGGCAGUGGCACAAACCGGAAUGUGAAAAAGGCUUGUUCGGCACUGCCAGAGAGUGGAUCUGGUGAGCCAGCUUCGGACCACCGAACGGUGGGACUGAAGCUUGAUCGGGAUAAGAAUUUAGAAGGUGGCUCGGGCUGA